UCCGACGAACACGUUGGAAGAGGCCACGUUGGCCCGACGCUGCACACCCGCCAAUGAGAUAAGAACCAGCUGCCGAGGCGGCCAAUCGGUGGCCGUGUAUCAGCCCGACGUUUAUCUUCGCGCGAAACACGAGUGAUCUUUCCAGUGAUCGAUCAUCUUCCUCAGAAGUGGAUCGUUUCCGUCGUGUGCGGCCCCACGGACUGUAUUUUACCGACUAUUUGAUCGACCAGCGAUCGGUCUUUGAAACGGUCUCGGUCUCGAAAUCUCGUGUAAUCGGACGGUGUUUCUAAUCAGGAUGUGGAUGACACUGGCGAGCGGUCUCCAGGUGGCGGCGUCCGCGGAGGACGACUCACCGGAAGUCACUGUCGAGGACUCUGUGGACCCUACCGGGGUUCCCGGGUUCGACAAACAACUACCGACCGCGGACCAGCUGCUCGAGAUGCUAGAUUCGAUGACAGGGCUGUCCGAGGAGGAGAAGAACAGUAUCAGGGCCGAGUUGCUAGGAGGUCUGCGAGGGCCGAGCACGGAUGCGCUAGGCGGAAACGACUUGACUAUGCAGACUAUAGUCCUGUUGUCGCUGCUCGGCUUGGUCGCCCUAAUUUUCGUGUUCUUCGUCUACAAGCUGUUCAAGUGCCUGUCCGAGCGGGAAGCGAAGAGGGAGGAAAAGAAGAGGCAGAAACAGCUGAAGAAGAAGAAGUAGGGGAGCCGAGAGAAGUCGCGGGUGGAAGAUCUACAGGCCAACGCGUGUUUCUACUCGCUACGGGCACGCGCCGCAUUGUUUCGAGGAUGCUCGCUCUUGGCGCACGGCGCGGGACAAUUUUAUUACCGAUUUAUUCUAUUUUGUUAAAUAAAAGAAUCUAUUUAUGAGUAAA